UUCUUUUCUUCUCGCGAUGUACAGACUUCUUCGCGGCUCUGGGCUCCUGAUAAGGAAUCUUCUUAACGUCUUUUCUUACCCUCAAGAUGUAACUGUCCCAUGGGACAAUAUUUGGAAAGAGGCAACAAGUGGGAGCGCAAAAAAGUGUUCAGAUUAGGAAGAAUCCUGUAAAUUAUUGCUGCAGUUUCCACGUUUCAGUUUUUCCAUCUGUAAAAUCGGUGUACUAAUAACUCCUACUCGACAAGGUCCCUAGACAGCAGUGAAAGAAGUCAAGAUGCCUUUGGAUUGGAAAACAUUACGGAGAGUUAACCCAGAUAACUUGCUUCGCCAAGAAAAAUUAGCAGAUGAUUUACUGGUUUCUCUCUCUAAGGUUGAAAUAAAAGACCUAAAAGAUGAAAAGCAAGAAAAUGUGAUCCAUCUUUUCCGAAUUACUCAGUCUUUAAUGAAGAUGAAAGCCCAAGAAGUGGAAUUAACAUUAGAAGAAGUGGGAAAAGCUGGAGAACAACAGGCCAAAUUUGAAAAUCAGUUAAAAUCUAAAAUUAUGAAACUGGAAAGUGAGCUUGAGAUGGCACAGCAGUCUGCAGGAGGUCGGGAUACGUGGUUUCUGCAAGAUGAAAUUCAUCAGCUGGAAAAACAACUGGAGCAGGAGCACAGAGAAUUAGAGGAUUUGGAAAAAGAGAUGGAAAAAGAGAAAAAAGUCAAUGAACAAUUGGCUCUUCGUAAUGAAGAGGCAGAAAAUGAAAAUAGCAAAUUAAGGAAAAAGAAUGAACAGCUUCGUCAAGAUAUCAUUGACUAUAGGAAACAAAUAGAUUCACAAAAGGAAGCGCUUAUGUCCAGAAGAAGAAAAGAUAGUGAUUAUCAGUUACAAUUGACUAAAAAAAAAUCUGAACUUGUGCAAUAUCUGGAUGAAAUUCAGAAUUUAACAGAAGUGAAUAAGAAAAUUGAAAUUCAAAAUCAAGAAAUGAGAAAGAACCUGCAAGAAUCAGUGCAGGAAAUGGAGAAGAUGACUGAUAAAUAUAAUAGAAUGAAAAGCAUUGUUCAACAGAAUGACAAUCUAAUGGAUCAGUUAAAAAAAGAAAGGCUUCUGGUACAGGAACUUACAGAACUUCUAAAAAGAAAAGAUGAAGAAAACGAUCCCAUUAUGGCUGCUGUUGACACAAAAGUUGAAGAGUGGAAGGGAAUUUUGGCUUCUAAAGAUGAUGAAAUAAUUGAAUAUCAACAAAUAUUGUGUAAUUUAAAAGAAAAACUUAGGAAUGUCCAACUUGAUGCUGACAGAAAUGUUAUUGUUUUACAACAGGGCAUACAAGAAAGAGAUGGUCAAAUUAAAAUGCUUACUGAACAAAUAGAACAAUGCACAAAAGAAAUGGAAACAAACACACUGAUUUUUGAAGACUUGAGAAAUGAACUCAAGAGCAGAGAUUCUUCAACUGCAUCUCAGUUGAAUCAUUUUGUAGAAAUGCAAACAAAGCUUGAAAAUUUAGAACAGAAAAAUAAAGAUGCUGAGAGGACAGCGGAGCUGGCCGAAGCUGAUGCCAGAAAGAAGGACAAAGAGCUUAUUGAGACCCUGGAGCGUCUAAAAGAAUAUGAAAUGAAACAGUAUGGUCUAAAAGAGGCUGUGGCUGAAAUAAAGACUUAUAAGUCUCAAGUUAAAAUAAGGGACCAAGAUAUUGAAGCAUUAAUGAUAGAAAUGAACAAACUUGAGUUAAAGAUGAAUGAUUUUCUUGAUGAAAAUGAAGAUCUUAGGGAACGUCUGGGUCUUGAUCCAAAGACAAUGAUUGAUUUAACUGAGUUCAGAAAGAACAAAAAUCUAAAACAGCAACAGUAUAAAGCUGAAAACCAAAUUCUUUUAAAAGAGAUUGAAAGCCUGGAAGAAGAAAGAUUUGAACUGAAACAGAAGAUUCAAAAAAUGUCUCAAGAUAAAGCAAAGAAAUCUGGAACUUUAGCUGAUGACCUACAUCUGACUAACAUCUUUAAUCAGGAACUGAGAAUGGAAGAAAGAAAAUCUGUGGAUUCUGUAAACAUUGAUGAAUUUAAGUUAAAGAAUGAAUAUCUUUCAAAGGAACUAAAUGAAAAGGAGAAAGAUUUGGAAAGGAAUAGAAUAGUAAUAGCCAACUUCCAAAACAAAGUAAAAGAACUUAUAGAAGAAAAAGCACAACUUGAAGAAGGUUUGAAAGAAAUACUGCAGACAAUCAAGGAAAUGUCGACAGAGCCUGGUAUUAAAGGAGAAACACCUCUGAUCAUGACUAGUGUUGAAAAAUUAGUUGAUGCUCUAGAUUCGAAGAAUGCUGUGGGAGUUUUUGAUGCAAACCUACAUUUGAAAGCUCAAGUUGACCAACUUAUAGGACGAAAUAAAGAAUUAAGAGAUGAGCUUAAAAAAACUCGAAAAGAGGCUAUAGAUUGCUCUCAAGAUUUGGCAAAAGCAAAUUUAAAGGUGGAAAAUCUUGAAAAAGAAAUUUGUCUUUUACAUAAAGCAAAAGGAUCAAAUGUUGUAUUCAGAGGAGUUGAUCUACCAGAUGGAAUGACACCAUGUAGUGCAAAUAUAAUUAAUUCUCAAAAUGAAUACUUGAUACAUAUUUUACAGGAAUUAGAAAAUAAAGAACAAAUGUUUAAAAAAUUAGAAGAUUCACUUGAAGAAUAUAAUAGGAAAUUCUCAGUCAUUCGGCAUCAGCAAGGCUUGUUAUAUAAAGAGUAUCUAAGUGAGAAGAAAAUCUGGCAAACAGAAUCUGAAAAGCUGAGAGAAGAAAAGAAAAAACUUGAGGAUCAAGUUGAACAAGAUGCUAUAAAAAUAAAAGAAUAUAAUAACUUACUUAGUGCUCUCCAGGUGGAUGCUGAUGAGACAAAAAAACUUCUUUCUAAGUAUAGUAGGAAAAUCAGUGUCUUGCAAGUUAAUGAAAAGUCCCUGAUAAGGAAAUAUACAACUUUAUUAGAAAUGGAGCGGCAUUUAAGAAAAGAAAACAAUAAACAGAAGAAUGAAUUGAUAGACAUGGAAGCUGCAGUUAGAGACAAAAUUGGCCAUUUGCAAAGAUUCAAGGAAACAACCACUUUCAGAAUUGCAGCUCUCCAAAAACUCUUAGACAAUUGUGUUCCUCUCUCAGAACUUGAAUUGGCCAAUAAGCAAUACAAUGAAUUGACUGCAAAGUAUAGGGACAUGCUGCAAAAAGAUAAUAUGCUUGUCCAGCGAAUGAGCAGUUUGCAGUUGUUGGAGUGUGAAAAUAAAUCCCUGAAAGAACAGAUAGAUGUCAUAAGUAAGGAAUUGGAGAUCACCAAGGAAAAAUUUCAUACUAUGGAACAAGCAUGGGAACAAGCCACGAAAUUAGGAAGUGAUUCAACCCUGGAUGAAACUCAAAGAGCUAUAACGAACAGUGAAAUUGUUUCCAUUUCUAAAAAGAUUACAGUGUUGGAAAUGAAGGAACUCAAUGAAAGGCAACGUGCAGAACAUUCUCAAAAAAUGUAUGAGCAUUUACAGGCUUCAUUAAAGCAAGUGGAAGAACGUAAUUUUGAAUUGGAAACCAAGUUUUCUGAGCUUACUAAAAUCAACUUGGCUGCCCAACAACUGGAACAAACGUUAAGAGAUGAACUAGCUGAGAGUGUGAGUAAGCAAGUGAGUGAUGCUGAUAGGCAGCAGAUUCUAGAGUUAGAAAAGAGUGAAAUGGAAUUGAAGGUGGAGGUGUCCAGACUGAAGGAGAUUGCUGAUAUUGCCAAAACUCAAGUUGAAGCUCUGAAUUCACAUCAACAGUCCAGAGAAAAGGAAGUAGAAUCUCUGAGAAUGCAGGUGUUAGACUACCAGGCACAGUCAGAUGAAAAAGCCCUCAUUGCCAAGUUGCAUCAGCAUAUUGUUGCAUUGCAAAUGAGUGAAGCCACUUCUGUUAGCAAGUUGGAGUCAGUGACUUCCCAGCUGCAGAAGAUGGAGACCUACAAAUUGCGUCUUGAGCAAAAGCUUGAUGAGAAGGAGCAGAGUCUGUACUUUGCCCGCCUGGAAGGGAGAAACAGAGCAAAGCAUCUGCGUAGCACCAUUCAGGCCUUGCGACGACAGUUCAGUGGGGCCUUGCCCUUGGCCCAGCAGGAGAAAUUUUCCAAAACAAUGAUUCAGCUCCAGAAUGACAAACUGCAAGUCAUGCAAGAGGUCAGGACUUGUCAGGAGGAGCGGAGAACCACGGAAAACAAAACGCUGGAGCUGGAAUUAAAGUUGAAAGGCCUUGAGGAGCUAAUAAGCACCUUAAAGGAUGCCAGGGGAGCCCAGAAGGUAAUUGGUUGGCAUAUGAAAAUACAAGAACUUCAUCUUCAAGAACUCAAACUCAAUAGAGAAUUUGUGAAAGAUAAAGAAGAAAUAAAAUAUUUGAAAAAUGUAAUUUCUGACUAUGAACACACAAUUAGCAAUUUAGAAGAAGAGAUUGUACAACAAAACAAGAUUCAUGAAGAACAGCAGAUGACCUGGGAUCAAAGAGAGGUUGAGUUAGAACGUCAGCUGGAUAUAUUUGUUAGUCAACAAAAUGAAAUCUUGAACGCAGCACAAAAGUUUGAAGAGGCUACAGGAUCAAUACCAGACCCUAGGUUGCCUCUUUCAAGUCAACUUGAGAUAGCUUUGAGAAAAAUCAAGGAGAAUGUUCGAAAAAUCAUGGAGACACAAGCGACUUGUAAAUUAUUGGAGGAGAAACUGAAGGAGAAAGAAUCUGCCUUACGGGAAGCAGAACAAAAUGUUCUGUCAAGAGAUAGAAUAAUCAACGAACUCAGACUCCGCCUACCUGCUGCAGCAGAAAGAGAGCGGCUCAUGGCCCAGCUCAGUAGAAAGGAAGAAGAGCCAGAGAGCCAUCAUGUAUUGAAAGUUGCUCACCAGGCUAUUGCCAACAUGCAAGCGAGAUUAAAUCAAAAGGAGGAGGUCAUAAAGAAAUAUCAGGAUCUGCUAGAAAAAGCCAGAGAGGAGCAAAGAGAAAUUAUCCAGAAGCAUCAGGAAGAAGUUUUCAUUCUUCAUCAAAAAUUAGACCUGCAGGGUGACAGUUCACUUAGCAAAUUCAAACAAACAGCUAUGGAGUUAAUGAAACAACCUUCUGUACCAGUUGCUACCAGCAAGCAUUUUACGCGUCUGGCAGAAAUGGAACAAACUCUUGCAGAACAGGAUAAUUGUAUUUCUUCACUUUUGAAUAAAAUGAAGAAAAUGACACAUGAAAUAGACAAACAAAAACAAAUUACUUUAACCAAAGUCAAAGAAUUUGAAAGCACCCGAACCCGCCUUGAAGAAAAUCAUGCAGAGACUGUGAAAAAACUGCAAGCUGAGAUAGAAGACUUAAAAUAUUCUAUGUCCCAGACACAGAGAAAGUUGCAGCACUUUAAAUCUGAAGUACAGGUUCAGAAAGAAGCCAACACAAGAGCUCCAACAGCCACCAUGAAAAAUUUAGUAGAGCGGCUCAAGAGCCAAUUAGCCUUGAAAGAAAAACAGCAAAAAGCCCUUAGUCGAGCCCUUUUGGAGCUCCGAACAGAGAUGACAGCUGCUGCUGAAAAACACAUCAUUCUUUCUACAUCCAAGAAAAAGGAAAACGUCAAUUUUCAGGAGAUUGUUGAUCACCACACUAGAGAUCUUCAGAUUCAUAUAGAAGAUUUAAAUGAAAAUCUUCUGAAAUGUAAAGAAGCUCUUAAAACAAGUAAAAGCAGAGAGGACUCUCUGAAUAAACAGUUAGAUGCCUUAAACAAUGAAAUGCAAAAAAAAGAGAAAGCUUAUCACAAAAUACUUAGAGAAAAAGAAGAAUUAGAAAAAGAAUAUGAAAAAAUGGAAAAGCUAGUUAAAACCUUUGGAUUGCAGUCUGGAAGAAGUGGCAAGACAAUUCCUGAACUAGAAAAAAUUGUAGGUUUAAUGAAAAAAGUUGUGGACAAAGUCCAGAAAGAAAAUGAAUAUUUGAAACAAGCAUCAGGAAUAAUGACAAGUGAGAAAAUGUCUGCUCUUGAGCUUGAAAAUAAAAAUUUGAAGAGUGAAUUAGAAAAGUUGAAGCUUCAUCUUGGACGUCAACUAAGCUUGCAAUAUGAGUUUAAUGCUAAAGGUCCAGAGAACAUCAUGGUUGAAAGUGACAGUCUCUUCGUAAAGAACUUAAAAAAAUUAACCACUGAUGUAGAGUUGGUUCAUCAAGCAGGAACUAGUCGAGAGCAAAUUGAAGAGGAAAAUGUUGUUUCUGGACAAUGAACAUUUGGACCUGCCAUCAAUUCAAGUUGUGACUCUACCACUAAGAACUUUAUAACUAUGUGUGGUAUGCAACUCACCCAGUAAAUCUCAGAGGUCUCUCAAAGUGUAAAGAGAAGUUUAUUUGAUUCUCAUGAGAAGCAGGCAGUCACUUUCACCAUAUGGAGAGGUAAAAGUGAGGGCUCAGAGCACAGAUAGAAGGACUGUCUAAUUUCCCCAAAACAAUACUGACCCUCCCCACUGGCUCAUCCUCAGUGACUGAGAAUGUGACCUUACAUUCUAAGAGAGAAAACUACAGCUAAUGGGGAAGCAAACCAUAGAUUCAAAUUUAAAUAAAAACAUUCCUUUUACUGAC